GCGCCCUUCAAGCCGGGCGGCGCGGGUUGAUAGGGUUGUUGUGGUGUCACGCGCGGGGUUAUUUUUUGGGGUUCUGAAACAAAAAGUGACUGCAAGCACUUUGCCAACCCUUACAGGGCCGCCUUCUACCCGCCGCUUUCCUCCAUCCUCCGCUGAGCCAUGGCCGGUUAUCUGCGAGCUGUCAGCUCCAUCUGUAAAACCUCCGCGACUGCCUUUGGCAAGAACCCCGGAGUCCUGGCCCCAGUCCUGAGCCAGCAACUGCAGCAGCAGAGGAACUAUGCUGACAAACGCAUCAAAGUCGCUAAUCCAGUGGUGGAGAUGGAUGGUGAUGAGAUGACCCGUAUCAUCUGGGAAUUCAUCAAGGAAAAGUUGAUCUUGUCCAAUGUGGAUGUGGAGUUGAAAUACUUCGACCUUGGUCUUCCAUAUCGUGACCAGACUGAGGACCAGGUUACAAUAGACUCUGCUCUGGCCACCAAGAAAUACAACGUUGCUGUGAAAUGUGCCACAAUUACACCCGAUGAGGCCAGAGUGGAAGAGUUUAAGCUGAAAAAGAUGUGGAAGAGUCCUAAUGGUACCAUUAGAAACAUCUUGGGUGGAACAGUCUUCCGUGAGCCCAUUAUCUGCAGGAACAUUCCUCGUCUGGUUCCUGGAUGGACUCAGCCAAUAACCAUUGGCAGACAUGCCCAUGGUGACCAGUACAAAGCCACAGACUUUGUUGUUGAUAAGGCUGGAACAUUCAAGAUGGUGUUUACACCUGCUGAUGGAUCUGCUGCAAACGAAUGGGAAGUGUUCAAGUUUCCUGCAGGUGGUGUUGGAAUGGGCAUGUACAAUACAGAUGAGUCUAUUGCUGGCUUUGGACACAGCUGCUUCCAGUAUGCCAUUCAAAAGAAAUGGCCACUGUAUUUGAGCACAAAGAAUACCAUCCUGAAGGCAUAUGAUGGCCGAUUCAAGGACAUCUUCCAAGACAUCUUCGAAAAGCACUACAAGCCAGAAUUUGACAAGCUGAAGAUCUGGUAUGAACACAGGUUAAUUGAUGACAUGGUAGCACAGGUUCUGAAGUCAUCUGGAGGAUUUGUCUGGGCAUGCAAGAACUAUGAUGGGGAUGUUCAAUCUGAUAUUCUUGCUCAAGGUUUUGGCUCUCUUGGUCUCAUGACAUCAGUUCUGGUUUGUCCAGAUGGAAAGACCAUUGAAGCAGAAGCAGCUCAUGGAACAGUUACUCGUCAUUACAGGGAGCACCAGAAGGGACGUCCCACAAGCACAAAUCCAAUUGCCAGCAUCUUUGCAUGGACAAGGGGCUUGGAGCACCGAGGCAAGCUUGAUGGAAACCAGGACCUGAUUAACUUCUCACUGACACUUGAGAAGGUUUGCGUGGAAACUGUUGAAAGUGGAGUCAUGACAAAGGAUUUAGCUGGCUGUAUUCAUGGAGGUUUCAGCAAUGUGAGACUGAAUGAGCAUUAUGUCAACACCACAGACUUCCUCGAUGCCAUUAAGAACAACCUUGACAAAGCUCUUGGAAAGAACUAAUGAUCGCACUGUAGUCAAUGGCCAGUUUUUUACCUCAUUUUUAACUUUUUCAAAUAGGAAAGCCACCAUAGUGUGGAUUGAACAAACUAUAACCCAUUUCUAUGCUGGCUGUAUUUUUUUAGAACACCUUCAAACUCAGCUGAAAAUGGGAGACGGUCUUUUUAGAUGCCUGUUUAGUGCUGGACCUCAGUAUUUUGCACCUGCCAUAUUUUGAUGUCAACUUAAUCCUUAUGGUGCGAUGUAUAGUUAAUAAACCUACAAACUUUCCUUGUAAAGUGGUGGAAAAUGUGUGCUUAUUGCAAUGUAAUUGUUUACUGGUAUCACUAAUUACAUUUAGGUUUAUGACGUGCCUAUAAAUCUAAUUGGUCCAUUUUGCAAUCAUUUAUGGGGGGGGCAAGGUAUUAACUGGCAAGUGUUUUCUUUGUUUAAAAAAAAAAUGUAUAAUACCCUUCAGAAAAACAGCAACUGAUCUAAUAUUUUUUGCUCAACAUGUUAAAACGUGCUGUAACAGAUAAAACAUUGUAACUUACCACUUUGAUGCAGGCCACAGUGUUGGACGGUAUGUUGAGAGCUGCAACUACAAAUCUGAAAUGUCAAUUAAGUACCCUCUCUGCAUUGUUACCCUGCAAAACCGACUGGAGAACGCCACUGAGAAAACUUAACUACGUAAAACGUGGCCCUUGCAGUAGAAAUAUCUGCUUGUUAGGAUUUAAUAUACGCUGAUAAAAUUGAAUGCGUCACCCUGUAAUCUGUGAACAGAAUAGUCUUCCUGACCUGUUUUACCAAAUUACCAGUUGGUGCCAGCAAUCUUGUCUAUGGAAGAAAUCUAGAAUGAUUAGUUCAUUCAUUCAUCUUUGUGUAAACAAAAUCCAAAAGUCAGAUUGUUACAAUACUAUAUUUAUUAGACAAGACAUGUAUAAUAAACAUUGGUGCAUGUCUUAUAAAUUAAA